GUGCCAUCUGGUUAACGAUUGUAGUUGAAUCUUCGAGAGGCAUAGGCGACGCAAGCGGAAGCUUGAGGUGUGUUCUUUGCUUGACAGGUGCUCAAAGACUUAUUAUCAAAUUUAUUUCUCGUGCCUCUAACGUUCCUGGAUACGCUGAAGUAGUCAAAUAUGUACACUAUGGAUGACCAAAACAUCGAAUGCCCGUUGUGCAUGGAACCUCUUGAAAUGGACGACAUCAAUUUCUUUCCUUGCACUUGUGGCUACCAGAUUUGUCGUUUUUGCUGGCACAGAAUAAGGACGGACGAAAAUGGACUCUGCCCGGCCUGUCGUAAGCAAUAUCCCGAGGACCCAGCGGAUUUCAAGCCUUUAUCGGUCGAAGAACUGCACAAAAUCAAAAACGAGAAGCGACAGAAGGAUCUUGAGCGUAAACAGAAGUUGACCGAGAACCGAAAACACUUAGCGAACGUGAGAGUUGUACAAAAGAAUCUUGUGUUCGUGGUUGGACUUCCGCCGCGGCUCGCUGACACUGAAGCUUUGAAGAAGCACGAUUGUUUUGGCAAAUACGGGAGGAUUCACAAGGUGGUGGUAAAUCAUAGUACGUCGUACGCUGGCGUUCAAGGACCCAGUGCUAGUGCAUAUGUUACGUAUUUCCGAGCAGAGGAUGCUUUACGGGCUAUUCACGCUGUCAACAACAUAAAGGUGGAUGGCAGGAGUUUGAAGGCGUCAUUGGGAACGACCAAGUACUGCAAUUACUUUUUGAAAAGUCAGCAGUGUCCAAAGACAGAUUGCAUGUACUUGCAUGAACUAGGUGAUGAAGCUGCCAGCUUUACAAAAGAAGAAAUGCAACACGGGAAACAUCAGGAGUAUGAACGUAAAUUACACGAUCAGAUAGUUGGUUGCAGCAGUAAUGCCACAAAGAAGAAUAAAGCAGGCAGCCGUAAAGGAAACAUACCACCGCGACAUACACGUCACAUAGCAACCCGAAGUAAAAUGGAGGAGAGCCAAGCGGAACCGGACAACCCAGAAACAACUCCACCACACGACCAAGAAGACGACCUCGGCUUUGAUCCGUGGGAUGAGAGUUCCAAGGGCUUGGCAGACCUGCUAGAAAAAGAAGCCAACGUCGCACCCACCCGACACAACAUGCUGCCGCACGGAUUUCGGCCAUUUGCGGAUCCCAUGCUCCGCAGGCCGCCUCCUCCGCCAGGCUUCACCCGGUCAACACUACCCCCUUUCUUUGAGCCCCCUAAACCAACAAAUAUGGCGGAACUGUACACGCUACGUGAAUCACAGGAAGCGCUUCGUUCGCUUCUACCCAACGUGAACAUAACCUUUGGGCCACCGGGUCAACCUCCGCCAUCUGCUCCGUGGGAGACAUCUUGGUUGGGACCUGAUCCGGCCAUCUUGACCAGAGGAGGGUUGGCAGACACAAAUGCACGCUUCUGAUGUCCCCCCUUAAAUUUUAAGUUAAGAUGAUGGACAAAUAAAGCAGUGCUGUGUCUUUGCUUU